UAUAUAAGGCUAGGCUAUGCUGCAGCUCCCUAAGAACAUUUGUAACUCAUGAUGUAUUGGCUACAGUUAUGAUGUCAUAAAUGUUCAGCUACAUUUUGUCUCGCUUGAACAAGACCGGGCACAUCUGUAUGGGGGAAAUGACUAACAGCUGGAAUCAGUUUCACCGCGCGCGCUUUGCGAAAUGCUGCACGACUGGAUGUGUAUAGAGGAGCGAUUACAGGGCAGAAGUGGGCUGACACGUCUCCCGGGCUUGGUCUAUCGAGCCACCAGUGACCCAAACACAGGCCGAGUUAGUCAAACUGGUCGACCACCUUCGCCGAGCUGAUGCGUAAGAAAAAAGUAUGGCUUUGUUGAGGAAAAUAAACCGAAUGCUGUCCAUGUUACUCAUCCUGAUGGCCUUGGCUCUGCUGUACAGCAAAAUGUUCAAAGCACAUCAACCAGAAAAACACUCAGAGCUCAGGGACAGCAAGGCCACAAACCGAACUCUGGACGAUGAAUCUGAGACGGAGACCGACAUUCCCGUUGUGAUCUGUGCAGCAGAAGAGCGUCUCGGAGCCGCCAUGGCGACAAUCAACAGUGUGUAUAGCAACACGCGGGCCAAUGUGCUCUUCUAUAUAGUGACCUUGAGAGAUGCUAUUAAGCUGGCAAGGCAGUACAUUAAGAAAACCAAGCUGAAACAGAUCAAAUAUAAGAUUCUGGAGUUCAAUCCGAUGGUGUUGAAAGGCAAAGUGAAACCAGAUUCAUCCAGACCAGAUCUCCUUCAUCCUCUGAACUUUGUAAGGUUCUACUUACCCCUGCUUGCUAUCAGCAAUCAUAAGAAGAUUGUUUACCUGGAUGAUGACAUCAUUGUUCAAGGAGAUAUAAAGGACCUGUACAGUAUCAAGCUGCACUCAGGACAUGCAGCGGCAUUUGCUUCAGACUGUGACCUGCCUGCUACACACGAGAUGGUGCGCAGUGUGGGCAUGCAAACAUCCUACAUGGGUUUCCUGGACUAUCGAAAGCAGGCAGUCCGCGAGCUGGGCAUUAACCCCAACGACUGCUCUUUUAACCCUGGUGUGUUUGUGGCUGAUAUUGACGAGUGGAAGAAGCAGAAGAUCACUAUACAGCUGGAGAAAUGGAUGAGCGAGAACUUCAAGGGAAACCUGUACAGCAGUGCCAUGGCGGGCGGAGUAGCCACUCCUCCUAUGCUCAUAGUGUUCCACAACAGAUAUACAACAAUCGACCCUAAGUGGCACGUCAGACACCUGGGUUGGAGUCCUGAUGCUCAUUAUCCCCAGUCUGUCCUCCAAGAGGCACAACUGCUUCACUGGAAUGGUCACUUUAAACCCUGGGACUACCCCUGUGUUCACCUUGACCUCUGGGAGAAGUGGUUUAUUCCAGACCCCUCUGGAAAAUUUGUAUUGGUACGGCCUGAAACCUGAAAAAAAAUCUCAGAUACUACUUCUAAUUAAAUCUACUGAAGACUGGACAUGGUCUGUUUUCAUAAUAAAUUAUACACCAUCAGAAAAUGCAAUUCAAUCCAGAACUUAUUCUUCCACUUCACUGUGCUACUCAAUAAAGUCAAGUUUGAAAAUGCUUCUAAACUUAUACUUUCAAAGAUUUUUUUUUUUUUUUUUUUUUUAAACAAAGCUAAGUGCCUUGUGGUCAACAGGGCCAAGUUUUUCCAUUUUCUGGCCCAGUAAUAAACGCCACUGCCUGUUUUUGUUAUUUAUUUAUUUUAAGUGGAGGUACUACAUACUGUGUUUGACAAACACAGCUAAAAAAAUUUUUUAAAUCUCUGACCAAGAAUAAAUUCCCCUCAACGUAAUCGAGGGUAAUUGCAAUUCAUGUCACAGGCAGCAGAGGGCUCUAUAAAUUACAAACUGACCCCAUGCCAAGACAAUCCUGGUAGAUUAACAGCUAGACAGACUAAUCACCCUCUCAGAACUAAUUAGAUCUUUUAGUCCAGGGGCUAAUCUUUAUGUUUUACUGCAAUAAUCAAAUGACAAUGUAAAUCACAGUUUGGAAAUAAACUUCUUUAAUAGUCCACACACAGGUGCGUCUCUGCUAAGAACAAACUUUCUCAAUCCUUUUAUACCACCCCUGGAUGGCAGUGCUGUUCUGGAGGUGAAACUGAUUGGACGAGUGGUGAAUUUCCAAGAUCUGCCCUCAGUGUAUUAUGCUAAUAUUGCACUAAACAGAAGACAAGUGCUAGCAUAGGAGCAGAUUCAGCAUUUUUUGUAGUUUAAGAGUGAAAAAUACCAACUGAAAAAUCAUUACAAUAAGAGACAGAAUCCCUUUUUGGAAACAUUUAAUGGAUCACGUGACAGGAAUUCAGCACUCCAUAACCAGGUCAGUUAAAUAUUAACAAAUUUACAGUCAUGAGGAAUGUAAAAAACAAAA